AUGUCUUCCCCCAAACCUGAGGAUGUGCCCCAGAGGCCAGAACCCGAGCCCUCAAGCUCCAAUAAGAAAAAGAAGAAAAGAAAGUGGCUGCAGCAAGAAGCCAGCAUCCAAGCCCUCACCAGGGCUGGCCAUGGGGCCCUUCAGGCUGGCCGGAACCAUGAAGCCUUGAACAACUUCCAGAGGGCUUUCCUUCUGGCCUCCAAGGCCCCACAAACCAGGGACACCCCGGUGCUCCAGGCCUGUGCCUUCAACCUGGGGGCUGCCUAUGUGGAGACUGGGGACCCAGCCAGAGGCCUUGAGCUACUCCUGCAAGCCCACCCUGAAGAGAAGGCACAGGGCAGGUGUCAUGGCGACCAGUGUUUCAAUGUGGCUUUGGCCUACCAUGCCCUUGGCGAGCUGCCUCAAGCUUUGGCCUGGUACCACAGGGCCCUGGGCCACUACCAGCCACAGGGUGACCAGGGAGAAGCCUGGGCAAAAAUGGGAGCCUGCUACCAGGCUCUGGGACAGCCUGAGCUAGCAGCCCACUGCCUGCAGGAAGCAAGCCAGGCCUAUGCCCAAGAGAGGCAGCUGCAGGCCGCAGCCCUGGCAUUGGGGGCUGCGGCAGGAUGUAUGCUGAAGAGUGGGCGGCAUCGGGUAGGGGAAGUUGUGCAGGUGCUGGAGAAAAGCCGGAGGCUUGCUGGGAGGAGCACUGAGAGGCGACUGCUGGGGCACCUCUAUAACGAUCUAGGCCUGGGCUACUCCCAGCUCCAGCUGUUCCCGCUGGCCGUGGAGGCCUUCUUGCAGGCCCUGCCCCUGUGCUGGGUGCCAGAAGAGCAGGCCACAGUGCUAAGAAACCUCGGGAUGGCCCACAAUGCCCUCGGCAACUAUCAGGAAGCUCGGGAGUUUCACCAGAAGGCUGCUGACCUGCACGGCUCUGUGGGGCAGCGGUGGGAGCAGGGCCGGAGCUUUGGCAGCCUGGCCUUUGCAUUGAGCCAGCUGGGGGACCACAAGGCUGCCAGAGACAACUACCUGCAUGCCCUGCAGGCUGCCCGGGACUCUGGGGACAUGAAGGGACAGUGGCAGGCCUGUGAGGGUCUGGGGGCUGCUGCAGCCAGGCUGGGGCAGUAUGACCAGGCCUUGAAGUACUAUAAGGAAGCACUGGCCCAGUGUCAGAAGGAGCCAGAUUCUGUGCGAGAACGGCUGGUGGCCAAGCUGGCAGACACCGUGAGGACGCGCUUGGCCCAGGUGGGGCUGGUCCAGACUCACACCUUGACUUUGGCUCCGGGAAGACUCCAGGCUCCAGGUGGGGCCAGCCAGGCGGAGGGGACCCCAGCAAAGGCAGGAAGCAGCACAGCAGGUGCCCAGCACAGAUCUUCCAGUGGGUGGGAAGAUGAAGAGUUUGAGGAGGGCCACCAGAAGAAAAAAGAGGAGAGAUCGGCAAACGUUCCCGUGAGGGCUGGGCCGGGGAGACUGGAGCUGUGUUUCCCUCCAGGCACAGUGAAUCAUUCCCACCAUCUAGCUUCUAGUUGCCCCAUGUUUACCAAGCACACGCCCUGCAGAGGGACAGUCCUUGGCAAAGCCUCCAUCUAUAGUCCAGGACCCAGGGCCCAUCUUCCAUUUGUAGGUCCAGGCCCUCCCAGAGCGGAGUACCCUAGCAUCCUGGUACCCAAUGGCCCUCAAGCCAAUAGGUCAUCCAGGUGGCCCAGGGAAAGCCUCAGCAGGAGCCGCCAGAGGGGACCCACGGAGUCGGGCAUCUGCACUAUCGUGUGA